AGCAGGGGUGGCGGUAUGGGGCGCUAUCGGGACAGAUUUGCCACACUGUAAACACACACAGCCCGAGAAGCAUUUCAACACGAUGUCGUGGAACCGUGACAGCUGCCUGACGUGUAAACAAAAUUAGUGCCGUUUGUAAUUUUUCACGCGUUCCGCGACGCUGGACCUGAACUCGGGACUGACAACACGGACGGAGCUGCUUCACCAGCGUCCACAUCAACAAUGCUAACGUUAGCACCGUUAGCUAGCUGCCUGCCAGGCUUAUGUGCUUUCACAUGAAGAAAGACAGGGUGUCGCUGUCAGUUUGUCUUGAAACUUGCGUUAUCGCGUAAUUUGCUGACACCACAGUGUUUGUUACGGGUGUGAAUAGGACGAGGGACGAGCCUUUGGUCAAAGUAAACACCCUGUUAUCGCCCUAGCUUGUCUUUUAGCUCCUGCUGUUAUUGUUUAAAUCACCAGUGGAAGUGACACAGUUGAGCUAGCCAACAGGACGUCUGAAUGGGGUGGAGUUUCUAUUAGUGUCGCCGCACAGGCUGGAAUAACUUUGAGGUAUCGUUUGUCAGUACAGGAAGACUGUGUCAGACAAAAUGUUGUUAAGAAGUUGCUGGAAAUCUCGUCAUAAAAACAGCGCUGGACCUGCUCCUUGUUGGAUCCGACCUGGAUUGACAGCCUUGCUCUGGUUAUGUUUGACCCAGUUAGUGUGCGGUACUGGGGCAGUGAUGGAGACCACGAACGUGGUCCAAAAAGAGGCAGAGUUUGAUGUGACGUACAACGGCACGGUUACAAGCGACAAUCAGACCAUCUAUGCUUUCAAUCACACCAUAUCCAGGAAUAAGACGGAGGGAGUACGUGUGACUGUGGAUGUGUUGUCGCAGGGUUUGGAGAGUCCUAUUUUGUUUGUGGUGCGGCAGAAGCAAGCUGUACUGUCAUUCCAAGUCCCCCUCAUCCUUAGAGGCCUCUACCAGAGGAAGUAUCCUUACAAUCAUGUGGGAAGGACGUUGUGUCAGCCUCCAACACGGGCCGCCUCUGAAACACAGUACUUUUUUGUGGAUGUGUCUACCUUGUCCAGCCUAGGCACAAACUACCAGCUUAGGGUCAGCCGGGUUGAAAGCUUCACCCUUCAGACAGACAAGAAAUUCAGCUUCACCGCCUCACCAUCCCAACCUCAGUACUUUAAGUACGUGUUUCCAGAUGGCGUGGACACUGUGAUAGUUAAGGUCAACUCUGACAUGAACUUCCCCUGCUCCGUGAUGUCCGUCCAGGACAUCCAGUGCCCUGUCUAUGACCUGGACAACAAUGUAGCCUUCACUGGGAUGUACCAGACCAUCACCAAAAAAGGUGCUAUCACUGUGCAGAGAAAAGAUUUUCCCAGCUACAGUUUCUAUGUAGUGGUAGUGGUAAAAACAGAGGACGAGGCAUGUGGUGGUCCGCUGCGCUACUACCCUCUGCAGCCUGAUGAGCUGAUUGACGCCGGCAACCGCAGCAAAGUCCUCGAUGUGAUCGUCUUCCCUGCCAUCAACUCCAAUGUAUAUGUGAUGGGAAUGCUGUUCUGUCUGGGCAUCUUCCUUUCCUUCUACGUACUCACCUUCCUGGUAGCCUGUCUGGAGAACAAACGAAUGAAAAAGAAGAGAGAUGAGUUUGAGAACCCUGCUGACAUGUCGCCUGCUGAGACAGCCUCUCUGCUUGGAAAGAAUGGAGAUGGAAAGACUCCUGCCUCGCAGUAUGAAUACGGCUCUUUUGCUGACAACGGCAGCACGCUGAGCUCUGAGGCCAUCACUGACAGUGCCACGUCUACUGAUAACAAUUACGGAUACAUGGGACAGGAGUUUUUCAAACGCCGACCAAUCGUCAGUCAGCUUCACCACAUAGCCGUCCGCAUUGGUGACUCACUGCCACAGCGAUCGCUGGACAGCAUUGGGCGCAGCAGGCAAGAAUCUCUGAGCUCUGUGGAGGAGGACGACUACGACACGCUGGAUGACAUCAACUCAGACAAAAACAUAGUUCGCACCAAGAAAUUUCUCUGUGUGUCUGACCUGGCCCGCAAAGACAAGAGGGUCCUCAGCAAGAAAUACCAAAUCUACUUCUGGAACAUUGCCACCAUUGCUGUGUUCUACGCGCUGCCAGUCGUCCAGUUGGUCAUCACCUAUCAAACGGUAGUCAAUGUGACAGGAAACCAGGACAUUUGCUACUAUAACUUCCUGUGUGCCCACCCUAUGGGAGCUCUUAGUGCAUUCAACAACAUACUCAGUAACCUUGGUUACGUGAUGUUGGGACUUCUUUUCCUUCUCAUUGUCCUCAAAAGAGACAUUGUCCACAAUCGAGCGCUCGUCCGCAAUGAUCUCAACGCACAUGAAUGUGGUAUCCCAAAGCACUUUGGUCUGUUCUAUGCCAUGGGAACUGCUCUGAUGAUGGAGGGCUUGCUCAGUGCCUGUUACCACGUCUGUCCCAACUACACCAACUUCCAGUUUGACACGUCGUUCAUGUACAUGAUUGCUGGGCUGUGCAUGUUGAAACUGUACCAGAAGAGACACCCAGACAUCAAUGCAAGUGCUUACACUGCGUACGCCUGCCUGGCUGCGGUCAUCUUCUUCUCUGUGCUGGGAGUGGUGUUUGGGAAGGGAAACACCGUCUUCUGGAUUGUUUUCUCUGUGAUCCACAUUCUGGCAACUCUUCUCCUCAGCACACAGCUCUACUACAUGGGCAGAUGGAGGCUUGACUCUGGGGUCAUGCGAAGGAUGAUAUACAUCAUCUACACAGAUUCCAUCAGACAGUGCAGUGGGCCCAUGUACGUGGACCGCAUGGUUCUGCUCGUGAUGGGGAACAUCGUCAACUGGUCUCUAGCUGCUUAUGGCCUCAUAGAGAGACCCAAUGACUUUGCCUCCUACCUGCUGGCCAUCGCCAUCUGCAACCUGCUGCUCUACUUUGCCUUCUACAUCAUCAUGAAGCUGCGGAGUGGUGAGAGAAUCCAGUGUCUGGCGUUGGUGUGUAUCCUCUUCACAGCCGUGGUGUGGGGAUUUGCGUUGUUCUUCUUCUUCCACGGUCUCAGCACCUGGCAGAAAACACCAGCAGAGUCUCGCGAGCACAACAGGGACUGCAUCCUGCUUUCGUUCUUCGAUGACCACGACAUUUGGCAUUUCCUCUCGUCCAUCGCCUUGUUCGGAUCCUUCCUGGUCCUGCUGACUCUUGACGACGACCUUGACACCGUCCAGAGAGACAAGAUCUACGUCUUCUAGAUCGGUCACAUGAUGAUUUCAGCUCUUCCUCUUUGCCUUACUGCCCCCCCCCCACACCACCACACAUUCUUUCUUUCUUUCUUUCUCUCUGUUUGCAUCUCAUGUUCUCAAAGAGCACAGCCAGUAUCCUGGGAUUAUUUUUAUUUUCCAGGCUUUUCACAGUCAUGUCUCCACCUUUCUCAGCCAAUUAGCCAGUCAAGGAAUGGGUGUAGCCCCGCCCCCCCCCCCGCACCUGUAUGGACACUCAUGUGCCAACAAAGAGCCAAUGAAGAGCUGGAUCAACGUGAAGUGAUGAUGAAGUGUUUUGUCUUUGUUGCCACUGUCGAUGUAACGAUGUUUACUUACUGCUGACGAUGAAGACGAUGAUAUACACGCUAAAAAAGCAAAAUUAACUUAUUUUAUACUGUCCUACAUCUUCAAUGCAAUUUGAAAUUACUGUUUAUAUGCUGUGUGUGUGCGUGUGUGUGUGUGCGCGUGUGCGUUUGUUUACAAACAUAAAUGUGACAACAUGAGUCCCAUCCAGUCCGUCAGUGGCCUUUAAUGUUCUUAUUCAUGUUAAUCACAUCCUGUGCUGAUUGAUCAGUUUUCCUCAUGCUAGCCGUCCCCUUUGAGAAUAUCGCUGAUGAUGAUGAUGAUGACGAUGAUUGUAUUCUUGACGGCAAAGGUAUUUUUGCACUGUACUGUAAAAGGAAAAAGGAUUUUAAUGUCAAAUAUUGCAACGAGUGGUUACUGAAUAAAAGUCUCCUUUGCA